CCCAACUAUGUGUUUUAAUAACAUCCAGAGUGUAGGAAAACCGAGACCUAGUUGUGGGUCAAGGGCAGGGCUGGGAAGAGAACCCACGUCUCCCAGUCCCGGAGGGCCAGGCAUGAGGAGGCGGCCUCUGUCCAACCCUCCUCUCCUUCUCCCAAGGCCAUGCUGCCGCUCCUGCUGGGCCUGCUGGGCCCGGCCGCCUGCUGGGCCCUGGGCCCGGCCCCCAGCUCCGGCUCUUCCGAGCUGCGCUCGGCCUUCUCGGCGGCACGCACCACCCCGCUGGAGGGCACGUCGGAGAUGGCGGUGACCUUCGACAAGGUGUACGUGAACAUCGGGGGCGACUUCGACGCGGCCACGGGCCAGUUCCGCUGCCGCGUGUCGGCCUUCUCGGCGGCGCGCACGCGCAGCCUGGUGGGCUCGGACGCGGGUCCCGGGCCGCGGCACCGGCCGCUCGCCUUCGACACGGAGUUCGUCAACAUCGGCGGCGACUUCGACGCGGCGGCAGGCGUGUUCCGCUGCCGCCUGCCGGGCGCCUACUUCUUCUCCUUCACGCUGGGCAAGCUGCCGCGCAAGACGCUGUCGGUGAAGCUGAUGAAGAACCGCGACGAGGUGCAGGCCAUGAUUUACGACGACGGCGCGUCGCGGCGCCGCGAGAUGCAGAGCCAGAGCGUGAUGCUGGCGCUGAGGCGCGGCGACGCCGUCUGGCUGCUCAGCCACGACCACGAUGGCUACGGCGCCUAUAGCAACCACGGCAAGUACAUCACCUUCUCCGGCUUCCUGGUGUACCCCGACCUCGCCCCCGCCGGCCCGCCCGGCCUCGGGCCUCCGGAGCUCUGAGCCCGGCCGGGAGAGGAGCCCGGAGGGCCGCGGGCGCUCAUGCCGAGCCGGUCCGCGGCCCGAACGCCCCGCCGGCUUCACUCUGCCAAUAAAGUGCGCCUCGCCCGCCUGUCA